AGGCUGUUUACCAUUGGAGUCUCCGGAUGGGGCCGGGUCCGGGGCCGGGGCCGGAACUUUUUUUCUGUAAUUGGUUGUUGCAUCGGCCCCGUGCGGAAGUGGGGGAAACGUUUGGUAGUCGGUUUCCGGUCGGGGCGCACCCGUGCCAGAGCCAGUGUCGCCUGCAACAGUGCGGCCGUCAGAGACAGGUUGAUCCCUAGUGUGGAGGGAUUGCCUUAUCAACAAAGGUUAAACAGGUUGGGACUCUAUUCACUGAAGUUUAGAAGGAUGAUCUCUUUGAAACAUAAAGGAUUCUGAAAGGUCUUGACAGAGUAUAAUCUGAUGGAACUGUGGGACCUGUCUAGAGUAGAUUUGGAUGUGAUCGGAGGGCAGGGAGAUCAUUUCCUUUUUUUUAGAUUUACAUAGUUCUGCCAUGGGGAACAGCGCCUUGAAAGCUCAUCUGGAAACUGCACAGAAGACAGGGGUGUUCCAGCUCACAGGGAAAGGCCUGAAUGAGUUUCCCAUGGACCUACAGAGACUUGCAUCGAGUCUGAGGACAAUGGACCUGUCUGGCAAUAAGAUUGAGACCUUACCCUCAGUCAUUGGCCACUUCACAACUUUGAAGAGUUUAAAUCUCAACAGUAAUAAGUUGGCUGUUCUGCCCGAGGACGUGGGCAAACUGAAAAAACUGGAGGCCCUUCACCUGAACAGUAACUCACUGAGACAGCUCCCCUCCAGCUUCGGUCAGCUAGCAGCCCUGAAGACCCUGAAUCUGUCUGGGAACCAGCUUCGUGAGUUCCCACUGCAGCUCUGCCGCCUCCGGCACCUGGACGUGGUGGACCUUUCCAAGAACCGAAUCCAGCGUCUGCCAGAUGAACUGGAGCAGCUGCAGGCCAUUGAACUCAAUGUCAACCAAAAUCAGGUCUCUCAGAUUUCAUCACACAUCUCCCGAUGCCCCCGGUUGAAAGUCUUACGGAUCGAAGAGAACUGUUUAGAAAUCUCCAUGAUUCCUGUCAGUAUCCUGGCUGACUCUCAGAUUGCCCUGCUGGCUGUGGAAGGGAACCUUUUUGAAAUUAAGAACCUGCGAGAUCUGGAGGGUUAUGAUAAGGUUGGUCACAAAGUAUGUGGGCAACAACUUAGCAGUGCAUAUGGAAUACGCACUCUGAUAAAAGAUCUUCUCUCAACCCUGAGAUUUUGGUACUGGAGCUGAAACCAAAUUUUUACAAGCGGUAUAACUGUUAGCAUUAUUUAACUUGCAAAAUACUAGGACAAACAGGUUUAUCCAGUCUUCACUGGUGUUUUUUAUUUGUAUAAGCUGUCCAAUUUAAUACCACUUUUGGAAUUGGCCCUUACUCUGUUCCUAUCUAAAGCACUUCCCUUUGGUAUCUCGCACAGUACAAUUCCAUUCAUUGCGCAUAGUCUUUCAUAUCGGUCUAUCUGAACCCUCUAAUCUUAAUUGGUCUAAGCAGGAAUGAGAUAUAAAUUGGAGAGACAAAGAAUGUGAAGGGGAUUGACAUUCUUUGAUAUGUUGAUUUGGAUUUCUUGGAUGUAACUGUCUGCUAAGAAGUCUGAUGCCAAUUUGACUGGAGGGAAGAGUCUACAAGCAGAAUUUGUAGAGAUUUGUUCCAACUGAGUUGGGGGGCGGGGGGAGAAAGGGUGGAAAUGGGCACAUUUGCCUUAAUGGGUUUUGGGGGUGAAAGUGGAGAAUUGUCAGCAUGAGUGUGCACAACAGAGUUCAGGAGUGGGUUGAGCUACUGGAAUAGAUAAUGUAAAGGUGGACCACAUUCUGACCCAUGGUUUUCUUCCCUCAGUACAUGGACCGCUUCACAGCAACAAAGAAGAAAUUCUCUUGAAGGUCUGGGCUCCCUCAGCCACAGGACAAUAGCCCAGUAUAUCUCAGCAGCUGGUUAAAUGGUAGUAGUAACUUGCAAUGGACCAUACAGAGGAGGUAACUCCAGUUCAUUAAAAGGAGAGUGGAAAGGGGCAGUACACAAUACGAUGUGAAGUCCUCAACCCUGCCUACGUUCCAGUUAUUGGGGUUAGUAAAGUCGCUACGCUGCCUUUAAUCUGUAAAAGGCAUUGUACCCUAUUGUCAUUAAGCUGAUGUGAACAUGGCCAAACAGCUCUGGUCAGUCCUGAUUUAUCCACUACAGUUGCACCUUGUAUAACAGCACUUUGCACGUAACUUCUGAUUUUGGGAGACGGCUUCAGUUACCAGGAGCUCUGCUUGAAGCUGUCACUUGUUGGCAUACAGGCUGGUGCCUGGGAUUGGGGUUGGUACCUGCUGCAUAGACUCAGCAUUUAGUUAAAGCUGACAGUGCAACCACAGUUCCUGUUCCAACUUAUAUUGGAAUUUGGUCUCCAAACAACACUGUAUAUAUAAAAUAAAUAAAGCAUUCUAUGUGCAAGUA